UUAUAAAUAAAUCAAAGUAAUUAAAAUUAAAAAUAUACAAGUAUGUUUUCAGUAGAGAGAAUAAUAUUUUUUAAUUUACUUUUAAAUGUACAGGUGGUUGCACCCCAAAAGCCACGCGAAAGUAGGAGGGUCUAGAUUUAUUUUCUAGGGACAGAUCAUAAUUUUGUUAAUAUGGGUUCUGAAAGAUAAGCCUAAAUAGGGUUCUUCCUGGUAGGUAUGGUUUUUUAAGUCUCGCUUGAGUUCUUUUUCUAGAAUGUUGAAGUUAACCUCACUUUUUUUCAUGCACCCCAAAAACAACAUUGACAAAAUUGGCUAUAAAAUCUAAACUAUUUGGAAUUAAAACCUGAUUUUUUUGUAGAAGAUAGUUAUAAUAAAUUAGUCUUAGGAUGAUUGUAUCAUUGCUAACUUAAAUUUUUAGGAUGUACUUCAAUGUACCACAAAAACCACAUCAUGUGCACCCCAAAAACCACGUUGGUUAUUUGAAUAUUUUAGAAAAUAUAUAAAAUAAUUCAAUAAAAAAAUUUUAGGAUGUACUCUAAGAUAGUAGCUCUUUGUCAUCAAAAAAAAAAAAAAAAAAAGUUAAUGUAUUGUGGAAAUACUACCAUUGAACUAUGUUAUGUUUUUUGUUGUUUUAGAAUUUUGUUUAAUAUAAUAUUAUAAAGUAAAAUGAAACCAUCAUCUGCAUUACAUCUACGUAUAAACAAAUCAAGAAAUCUCAGUACUAAAGCUGAUGCCAUAGUGGCCAGAAAACACACAAAUGAUAAAAAUAAACAGUUAGAAGCUGCAAUAAAUUGGUGCAAAAAAUUUAAUGGAAGGGGACAAGCAGCAUUAAAGACAGGUUUGUUUCCCCUUAUUAAAGAUAGAGAGACAAUCAACAGGCGAUUAGAUGGAAAAGUGAUUAAUGGAAAAGAAAGAGAUUAUUGUACUAUACUUACAGAUGAUGAAGAAGCAUCUAUUGUGCGUUUUAUAAAAAAUAAGAACAGAUGUUUACAGGCAAUUAACAAACAGGACAUAACCAAAUUAAUUAUUAAUGUGCUUCGUGUGAGAGAUUACAUUAAUACAAAAAUGAAAGGUGGACGGAAGUUUCAAAAGUUAUCAUUAAAUGCUCGAGCUGCUCUAGAAAAGGGAAAAUUGAGUCGAUCAUUUUGGCUUUGUUUUAAUGCUAAACAUAGCAGCCUUACAAUCAAACGCCAAGGGAGUGUCUCGAUAAACCGUGCACUUAAUUGUUCAAGAGAAAUGGCAUGUAAUCAUUUAGAUUCCCUUGCUAAAGAACUAGUAGAUGUUGGUAUUAUGAUAAAUGAAAAAAUGAUUGAAACAGGGGUUUGGAAUGGCACUGUUGAUACAUGCCGAAUAUUUAAUUGUGAUGAAACACCCCAGUUUAUUAAUUAUGGAAUUGAUGGUACCACUUCUGGAUUAUUUUAUGCUGGCAAAGGAGAUGCAUGUCAAAGAAUGUAUAGAGAAAACAGAGAAUGUGUCACAAUUCAACCAUUUGUUUCAUUUUCAGGCGACAUAUGUAUGUGUCAGGUAAUAUUUAAAUGUACUGGUAUUACUAGUUCUAUGGUUCCAACAGAAGCAGUAAAUAAAAUUCCCCAUUUGUUGGUCACAACUACAGAUAAUGGAGUAUCAACCCAUGAAUCUUUCUUGGCAGCAUUGAAAGAGUUUGAUGUCUACUUAAAUGAAAAAAAUGUUAAGCGACCCAUCGUCUUAUUAUCAGAUGGACAUAGCUCUAGACUAGACUUUGAUGUAUUAUCUUUUUUGGAGUCCAAAAGAAUUCAUCUUUUUCUUACUCCACCAGACACAACAGAAGUUACUCAACUUCUUGACCAAGUAAACAAGAACAUUCAUAGUGAGUAUCGUAAGCAAAAAGACUCUAUGUUUUCUGAUAUCUGUUCCUUAAACAAAGAAGCUUUUAUGUUAGUUUUAGCUAAUAUAUGGGACAAGUGGACAACCAAAGAAACGCUUGUAAAAUCUGCUAAAAGGGUUGGUGUUGCCGAAAAUGCAUUGAGUGUUGAUUUUAUGCAAAAAGACAAAUUCGAACGAGCAGAAACUGUAUUGAACCAGAAAAACAGACUUCUCCACUAAUUUCUUCGCCGGAUAAAAGACGUGGUUCAGCAAAUUAUUGGAAAUCAAAAUUUCAACAAGCGAUGGAGUUGAUUGAUGAACUUCAUGAAAAGAGCAUUCAGCUGGAAGAAAUACCUGGUUUUAUGACAACCAAAAAGAUAAAGCCAAAAUUAACAAAAGAUGCAACACGUGUUACCCAAGUACAUGGAUCAAUGACUGCAAGCGAUGUAAUAACUCUAGUUGAAAGCAUAAAAAGAAAAAAAGAAAAAGAAAAGGAAAAAAAAGAAAAUGCUGCAAAAAAGAAAGAGGAAGUUACAAGACUCUUUAUAACAUGUAAGCUUCAAUGCUAUUGCGAGGAGAUAAAAUGUAAAGCUUUUGGCUUAAAGCGUCCAACCUGCCUCAAUAUAAUGCGGUCCAUUUGCAGCAAAGCAAACUGCAAAGUAAAUGGAAAAAACCCAGAAAUGAUUUUAUCUGCAGCUGCUAGAAAGAAAUAACUGUGAUAUUCAAAAUCUUUUUUAUUGAAUGAACUAUUUGUUUUAAAUUUGUUGUAAAGACUUGUUCUGGAUAAACU